AUGUUCAUUGGUUCAAUUCGAUUGCUUCGUCAGUAUUCCAAUUCUGCUCGAGUCAAAACAGUAGUGUGGAAUAGAAUGUCAACCACUACCACAUCGAGCAUGUCGAAUGGCAUCCACAAGGUUUGGAAACCGCAAGAUCAUAUUCCAUCGGAAGUGCAAGUAAUGCUGUCAAAACCACAGCCGAACUAUAUCUUAAGUUUCUUGCAUGUUGUUCAACAGCUGAAAAUACAAAGAAGAACUGGAUGGUUGGAUCAUGACAUUAAUCCAUGUGAAAGCAUCGCUGAUCAUAUGUACAGGAUGAGUAUCACGUCAAUGUUAAUAAAUGAUACCAAAGUCAAUCGCGAUAAGUGUGUGCGCAUUGCAUUAGUUCAUGAUAUCGCAGAAGCUUUGGUUGGUGAUAUAACACCAUUUGGUGGUGUUACGAAGGAGGAAAAACACCGCCGAGAAUGGGAAACUAUUCAGUAUUUAUGUGAGAACCUCAUUGAGCCACACAAUAGAACCGCCGCUGAAGAAAUAAUGAACGAUUGGUUAGCAUAUGAGAAUAUUUCCUCUUUAGAAGCACGCUACGUCAAAGAUAUCGACAAGUACGAAAUGUUGGUUCAAUGUUUUGAAUAUGAAAGAGCAAGUAACGGCCAGAAAAACUUAGAACAGUUUUGGAGUGCUGUCUCCAGCGUGAAGACUGAAGAAGUUGGAAGUUGGGUUAAAGACUUAUGCGAGGAACGUCGGGAGUAUUUUGCACAAUUGUCUCGCAAGAAAUGA